AUGGGUAUGGGUGGAAUGCCAAAUACGGGUAUGAAUAUGAUGUCCCAAAUGCAAACCGGCGUGCAACUGGGUGGUACAAUGCCUGGUACUAUGCAGGGGAGAAGACGCGGUGGAGGAUCGUGCAAUGACUGCAUAUGCUGCAUAGAGCUUUGUGGUAGUUGUUUAACAGCCUGGUUUGCUCCUAGUCCUAUGGAAGUACGACAGUCUGCAACAAAUAACCCCAUACCAAAUGACAGGAUUGCGGAAGCGAACAAACCAGUCCCUCCCCCAGCUUAUGAACCAGUGCUCGACAAUAGAACUACAGUUAACCAUACACACAGCUGA